AACUCCGGUUGCUCCUCCUCAUCCUCUCGCACACUGAAGAGGAGUUUAACUUCCCUGCCGUUCACAACUUGAACGUAUCUUGUACAUUCGUGAACUGAUACUGGAUUAGUACUGUUUUUUUUUUGUUUUUGUUUUGGUUUUUUUUGGGUUUUUUUUGUCUUUGUCAGAAGCCAUUCCCAUUAUGAAUCCGCCCUGUGGAAGAUGCAACAAAGCAGUUUACCCCACAGAGAAAAUAAAUUGUCUGGAUAAGUACUGGCACAAGGGCUGUUUCAGCUGUGAGGUAUGCAAGAUGGCUCUGAGCAUGAACAACUACAAAGGCUUUGAGAAGAAACCUUACUGCAGUAUGCAUUACCCCAAAACAUCCUUCACCAUAGUGACUGACACUCCUGAGAACCUCCGUCUCAAACAGCAGACGAUGCUCAAUAGCCAGGCACUCUACAAAGAGGACUUUGAGAAGAGCAAGGGGAAGGGUUUCAGCGUGGUGGCCGACACUCCAGAGAUGCAGAGAGUGAAGAAGACACAGGACCAGAUCAGCAACAUCAAGUACCAUGAGGAAUUCGAGAAGAGCAAGUUUCGAAGUGAUGCUCCUCCCCCAGAGAACAGGCAAGUCAAUGAACAGGAGCAGCCACCCAACCCUCAGAAAUGUUACCCACCACCAGGACCAGUACGCUCUGCAGCUGUCGCGCCCCCUAGCGGAGGGAGGCGGUACCAGGCCCUGUACAGCUACGCCGCGACAGAGGCAGACGAGGUGUCUCUCGAAGAAGGGGACCUGAUCCUUGACGUCGAGCAGAUUGACGAGGGAUGGAUGUAUGGACGCAACCAACGCACAGGGCAGCGGGGCAUGCUGCCAGCCAACUACGUCCAGCUUAUCUGAAGCAGCCAGGCACGUUGAAGAGAUAUUUUGGUUUGGUUGAAUGUUGUCACUUUUAAGCAUGCACAGCUUUAGUGUAGCUGAGGGUCAGUCAACGUUCAAUGUCAGCUGCACCAGGGAACUAAUGUAAUCAUCGUCAUGCAUUGUCAUUAUUUGACACGUGCUUCCAAAAUCAGAGUGUGGAUGCAGAUGAAGUGGUGUUUCCAGACUCUGCAGUGUCUCAUUUGUACAGAAGUACAUUUUCCCACAUUGAAAUAAACUACCAAUUUUGGUGGCCAGGACGGCUGAACAGAACAAUGAUGGUGCUUGAGUAUUCAUGACCUCAAUAUGCGGUGUUUAUUUAAAAGUGAAAAUGAUCAACCAAAGUGUCAAAUAUAACAUUUUUGAAUGUCAAAAGAAAAAAGUAUUGCAAAGAAUAUGUAUUCAUUGAGCAUAUGCACACUGAUUCUGCUCCAACUUUUCACAUUCUCCAGAGCCGAAUGUGUGGCUAGCCAAGACAGACAUGCAAAAUACUCUAUUCAGUUCUUUUCAACGGACUUCUGAUCUGACUGUAUCGUGACUAUUUCUCCUCAAUGAAUACAAGAGAUAAAAGGUGAAAAACUGAAAUGGUCCAGAGGGCAGAAGUCAUCAAUUCAUACGAGCAGGAGCAAUAAUUAAAUUAAAUCUUCAGUGACAUUUUUUAACCUGAACACUGAAAUACAAAAAAAAAAAAAAAAAAGGAAUAA